AUAUAUAAAUCCCUUAUUUCUCUUUCUUAAUACCUCAGCUUUUAUCCACUUUCAAAUUUCAAAUUCUCUCUGCAACCUUUUCAGAUUGUGAAGAAAUGGCUCGUACUAAGCAGACAGCUCGUAAAUCUACCGGUGGAAAGGCUCCAAGGAAGCAACUUGCUACAAAGGCUGCGAGGAAGUCAGCCCCUACCACAGGAGGAGUGAAGAAGCCUCAUCGUUACAGACCUGGAACUGUUGCUCUCCGUGAAAUCCGAAAAUAUCAAAAGAGCACUGAGCUUCUCAUCCGGAAGUUACCAUUCCAAAGGCUUGUCCGUGAAAUUGCUCAGGAUUUCAAGACAGAUCUGAGGUUUCAAAGUCAUGCUGUGCUUGCACUUCAAGAAGCUGCUGAAGCAUAUUUAGUUGGUCUCUUUGAGGACACCAACUUGUGUGCCAUCCAUGCUAAGAGAGUCACCAUAAUGCCCAAGGAUAUUCAACUUGCAAGACGGAUUCGUGGAGAACGAGCUUAAGCUGAUCACAAUGCUGAUUAAUGAUCAAUCUCUUUUUGGUUGCCCGUGUAUGGUUUUAGCCUUUAUGUACCGAACUAGUAUCUUUUGUUUGUACCUGGAUGUAGAUCAGUGGAUGCAUAUCUAAAGGACCUUAUUGUGUUCUGUAAAUGCUAGCACAGGGACACAAUACAUUGAUUAAUAUGAAUUGCUGAUUCUGAUUAA